AUGACCAUGUCUCGGCACCCAAUACGCAGCAGGCCCCCGCCGUCGCCGCUCAUCACCGUCCCCGCCGAAGUCAAGCUGCUCAUCAUGUCCGACCUGACGCCGAAAGAACUGGGCUCGGUUUGCCUCGUCCAUUCAUCCUGGCGCGAGAUCUCCCAGUACGAGAUGUUCAAUAAAGACAUAGCGAGCGAUGCACCGUCCGCGAUACUCUGGGCCGCGCUCGGUGGCCAGGACGACCCGACCGGACGCUACGAGAUGCAGUGCUCGGUGCUCCGGCGGUUCAUGGAGCAGGGCCAAGAGCCGUACCACAGCGAUGCCGAAAGGAAUGCGUUUGCAAAACAAAAGGUGAAUGCCAGGUACUACAAUGUGGACGGGUCGUUUGCCACGGCCCUGCAUUUCGCCGCGGCCAAAGGGCGGCUGCCGGUAGUGAUGAGGCUGUUGCGAUACCAUGCAAGCCUCGAUGCCAUGAGCAUUGGAAUCCACGCAUUCCGAAGCAGGGGUAUCAGAAUCACGGACGCGGUGCAGUAUGCCGGCGAUGAGGCCCGCCGCCUUGGAAGCAGGGUGUUCGGUGCGAUCCGGGGCGCACAAUGGCUACCGCUCAUGGCGCCGCUCUUGCUCAAGCACUACGACGUGGUCGAAGCCCUCGUCCACUGCAAGGCGCCGGCGAUCCUCAGCCAUCCACCUAUUACCGUCUUCCAUGUUAUAUCGGCCUUGUCGUCCGAGGAAUUCAACGCCGAGAGCGUCAAGCCAGUCACGAAAGUCAGAGGGAGGCGCAAAGCGCCAGUCAGUAACCAAGAACAGGCCUUCACGACUCCCAUGAAGCUGCAUCUCCGCCUCUUCAAAGCGUAUCCGAACCAUCUGGAAAUCGGGCUGGGCACAAAUUACUGGACGCCCCUCCACAUCGCAAUCCAGCGGGACAAUGAGGCGGGGUUCAACCAGCUCCUGGACCACGGGGCCAACGUAAACGCCGCGACGAUCCUGGGGUGCACGCCGCUGCAUGAGGCCAUAAGGCGACGUUGUCAGUCCUUCAUGCCGAACACGCGAAUCCCAAAGCGCUCCUAUAUCACCCAUCUCCUCGAGGCCGGCGCGGAUCCCAACGCCGUCUCACGCGCAGGGCACGCCGACACGCCCCUCAUGUGCACGCUGCGCGUCGACCAUUACUCCUGGGACAACCGCCACAUCAAGGACGUGGAGGCGGUCAUGGAGAUGCUGAUCAAGCAUGGCGCGCGCAUCAACGACCGCGGAUUUUCAGGCAGGACCAUCAUCCACCGCCUGGACGAGAAGAUUAGCAGCUCGAUGCUGAGUCCGAUACCCAGCUUUGACUCGUCGUCCGAGAGGCUUCUCGCCUUCCUCGUCAACCUGGGCGGGGACGUCAACGAGCGGACCUACACCAGCAGCACGAUCCUAAGCGAUCUAGUGUUGCGCACUUACGGCACCAGCCUUCACACGACACAGAUCUGGCCAUCCAUCAAGGGCUACUUCAAGACCCUCCUCGAGCUGGGCGCCCGCGUGCCCCCCAACGAUGCCGAGAACGUCUUCCAGGCCUGGCUCGACUACCAGCCCCUGCGCACCGUCGACAUCGACGUAUUCGCCCAGUGCGGCGAGUUCCUCUCCCAGGACUUCAUCGACGCGACGUACCUGCGCAUCGUGCAGCGGGCCGACACCAAGCUGUGGUACGCCAUAAGCGGACGCCUCCGUCCCCCUACCAACGCGUCCGUCCUCGUCGCCACCAUCUUCCAGCAGGAGGAACAGCAGGGCACCCACCCCCUCUGGCACCCCAUCCGCGACACCCUAUCCUUUGACCCGGCGUACGUGACCGAGGAGACCCGCGAGACGUACCUCCACCUGCUCGUCCGCAAGCUCAGGUGCGGCGGCUACACGCGCCCGUCGCUCGCUCUCAAGGACGCGCGCCUCUUCGCCGAGCGCGGCGUGCCCCUCUCGGCGCGCGACUCGGACGGCAAGACGGUCGUGCAGCGCCUCCGCGACGAGGGGCUCGACUUCCACAAGGACCUGCGCCUGUACCUCAUGGACGAGAGGGACAGGCAAAAUGGCGAGUACUAA